CCCGCCCUCUCGCCCAAUCAGCGGCCGCGCAGCAAAUUCAAACCGCGCGGCGGUUGGGCGCCCCCGGCGGAGCCAUGGAGCGUCCGUCAGCGCCGGGUCCGUACCGAGCAACCGAGCUGUGGAAUGAGAUCACCCGGUAUUUCCGAGCCGGGAUGCCGCUGCGCUCGCACCGGCAGCACCUGAAGAAGCACAGCAGCUGCUUCACCGCCUCCGAAGCUGCGGACUGGCUGCACCAGGUGCUGAGGAGCAGCAGCAGCUUCGGGCCCGAAGUGAGCAGGCAGCAGACGGUGCAACUGCUGAGGAAGUUCCUCAAGAAUCACAUCAUUGAGGAUAUCAAAGGGCGGUGGGGGUCGGAAAGCUUGGAGGAUAACGGGGCGCUCUACAGGUUUCCUUCAACCUCUCCAGUUAAACCUCUGCCGGCUUCAUGUCGCCAAAGUGGGAACUUAGAAACCUCUAGAGAUCGACUCCUGAAGCUGCCACAUUUAUCACGGAGAACUCCGAAAAAGCAGGAAGUGCUGACACCUCUGGAAAAUGUGGAGAAAACAAAGCUGGAUAAAGCAGCAGAAAACGAAGAGGCUGCACUGCAUGGGAAGGAAGCAAACCAGGAAUACGUGCAAGAAACAUGGAGAAAUAUCAUUCUGAUACAUUUGCAAACCAUCUUAGGCCUCCCAUCCUUGGAAGAAGUUUUGCAGCCAGCGCAGAUAGUUCCCGAGUACGUCAUGUACAACAUGACACACACGAGCAAACACGGUGUUGUUAUUUUGCAGAACAAAGCAGAAGACCUCCCUCACUGGGUGCUGUCAGCCAUGAAGUGCCUCGCGUACUGGCCUAGAAAUAAUGAUAUGAACCAGCCGACUUACAGUGGCUUUGAACGGGAUGUCUUCAGAACGGUUGCUGAUUAUUUUGUCAAUCUCCCUGAACCAUUGCUUACUUUCGAAUACUAUGAGCUUUUUGUUAAUAUUCUGGUUAUGUGUGGCUUCGUCACAGUUCCAAAUAUAUGCAGUGGAAAACAUUCUGUCCGACAUGAGACCUGUGACCCACAGCCUUCAAAAACUCUUCACUUGAACUCUUUCAAGUCAACUGAAUGUCUUCUUCUAAGCCUACUUCGCAAGGAGCCAAAGGGAAAAAAGGAGGAAUAUGAAGCUUCCUGGAAGCCUUCAGAAGAGUUAGCUGCUCAGACACAACGUGCAGAGAAACUGCAGCAGUGUAACCUGAUGAGUAAACAAGGCAGUGCUGACAUAGGAGGAAGUUGUCAGAAUCUUUCAGGUUCCAGUAAUGAACAAGAUCUAUCUCUAAACUUUAAGACAAGAUGUUACUCUUUGGAAAGAAUUGGAAGCACUGCCUCGGGAGUGCGUAAUAAAGGAGAAUCAGAUUCCCUCAGGACAACUAACAUCUUGAGCACAAGAAGUGAGGAACAACAGCUCCCAUCUGUGUCUAAGGCUGAUUCUGUAUUGGAGUUUGGUUUUGAAAGCACAUACCAAAAACAAACUGAUGGCUCAAAGAGAGCGUCUGCCCCAGUUCUGCAGGACAGAGAGCUGUUCAAAGACAAUCUUAAAUCAGAGCAAAUACGCAGGUCUCAGAGUUUACUUGGGAGCAGGAACUCCAGAAGUUGCACUAACAUCAAUGUCCCUGUUGCAGAAAUCACAGUAAAGCCAAGGUCUCAGCUUUGUGGGCAAGGAAGGCCAAAUACCUCAGUGGCUGCUUCAGUGGGCACCAGGAUUGAGGUUUCUGCUAUCAGCAUCAGUAAGAGACUCUGCAGAAGUACCAUAGAGCUCUCAGAAUGCUCUUUCACUCACUCUUAUAUGUUGACUGGCACGCAAAAUCUCCUUCAGCCUCACCUGGAGAGGAUUGCUGUUGAGGCCCUACAGAUCUGCUGUUUGCUGCUUCCCCCAGCAAACCGCAGGAAGAUUCAGCUCCUGAUGCGCAUGAUCGCUCGGAUCAGCGAGAACGUGGAUAUGCCACGGCUGCACGAUGCCAUGGGCACGCGUUCCUUGAUGAUACAGACCUUUUCUCGAUGUGUGUUGUGCUGUGCAGAAGAAGUAGAUCUUGAUGAGCUACUUUCGACACGAUUAGUUUCAUUUCUAAUGGACCACCAACAGGAAAUAUUCAAAGUCCCAACUUACCUGCAGGUUGCAGUGCAAGAUCACAUAGAGUACAUGAAGAUGGCUCAGUGCAAAUAUCCAGGGGAAGAAAUCUGUGCCAUAUUACCCACCUAUUCGUACUGUGAACAAAUAACCCCUCAGGAGUUUGAAGAACAGAAGGUUUCUACCUCUCACGCUGCUGUGGCAGAGCUGUUAGAGAACAUUAUCAAAGAUAAGAACUUGUCUGUGAAAGAGAAGAAGAAAAAGUUAAAACAGUUCCAGAAGGAAUAUCCUUUGAUAUACCAGAACAGAUUUCCAACCACAGAAAACGAAGCAGUUCUGUUUGAGAACAAACCUACCAUCAAACAACCAAUGCUCAGCCUGAGGAAACCCAAAUUUCGCAGCCUGAGAUACUAAAGUCAGCUGCAUGUUUCCAUAGUGAGUGUGUCCGAGUGGCCAACCAAGGGCUGCUGGGAAUGGGGACCUGCAGUGACUGUGUGUGUGGGAGGGAGCGAUGUUUACGUGAACACUACGCUGAGAAGUGCCAAAGGAACUUUCAUCUUUGAGAGUUAUUCUAAAUAUUUAUUCCUUUCCUAAAAGUUUUUCAACUGUUUACAAUCAAUCGAUACGUCGUGCUCAGAAAGAUACGUGUUAAAAUGAAGCUACUAAUUGCCAAAAAUGUAUAUAUGGUUUUCAUAUGGAGAACUAAAGAUGUGCCCGUUGUAAUGGUGUUAGUGUUUAUUCAGGAACUGGUGCCAUGGCUUCCAGUCUGUGUGUGUUCCUCACUGUGUGCUUGGUGUGAGAAGUGCCUGCCUUGUUUUGCUUGAAGACAAACAUUUUGAGAAAGCGAAGUUGAGUUUGGAACUAAAUAAAAACUUGUUUUUAUUUCUAAGGGGGGCAGAAAUCCACCAGAAAGGAAUUAUCUGGUCCUUAAAAUACUUCUCCUCUCAUCUGAAACACUUCUUUUUUAAAAAAAUAUUUAUUUAUAUUAAAAGUGUUGUGUAUAUUC